ACAUUGUCAGACUUAGUAGUUGUCAAAAUAGCAAUUUUAAGGUUGGUUUCUCAUCAUUGACACAUGUGUUGAUUUUUUUGAAAAUGUCUGUUUGGAAAAAGGCCGCAAAGGCCCACCAGAAAAGCCACAAAGAGCGGCACCAGCCAGAGGAACGCAAGCACCUCGGUCUAUUAGAAAAAAAGAAGGAUUAUGUCAAGCGAGCCAAAGACUUCAACGAAAAGAAAGAAACCCUUAAACUUUUGCGUAAACGAGCCCUCAACAAAAAUCCUGAUGAGUUUUACCACCACAUGAUUAACUCAAAAACGGAAAAUGGCAUGCACUUUGAAAAAGAGACUGAAGCGGAAGACACACUUGAACAAAUAAGGCUAAUGCGAAGCCAAGAUUUGAAGUACAUCACGACGAAACGGACACAAGAAUUGAAGAAAAUUGAGAAGCUUCAAGCACAGUUGCAUUUAGCAAGUGUGGAUCAUAGUGUUAAGAAUAAACAUAUUUAUUUCACGAAGAAUCUAGACAAGGACGAAUUAAAGAAGAAGAAACUGGAACAGCUGUCCAAAAAAGAGUUGCCUGAUGUGAACCUUGAUGAUUUAGCUGAAGCGGCGAAGAAAAAGAAACAUUUGUACAACGAACUAGCUAAGAGAAUCAACAGGGAGAAGGAACUAUCAGUCAUUCAACAAAAAAUUGAAAUAAAAAGACACGUGGAGAAUAGGAAGAACGUUUUGCCCCCAAAACGAGUGCGGAGAGGUAACCGCACCCAAGCACCGGUCUAUGUCUGGCAGUAUGAACGAAAAAAGUGAUUUGUAAACCAUUUAUUCAAUAAAUUAUUCCAAAUUUU